AUGGCAUUAUUUGCAUCUGUUGGAAGUGCAGCUGCCCUAUGUAUAGCGAUCAAGGGUCAAGAAUGGGGCCCUGAGAUGCCGAAAUAUGUCCUCAGUUCUUGGAAUUAUGGCUACAAAUUCAUCGAAAUUCUAUUUGCCACAAUCAGCACUUUGUUUUACAUAUCUGCUUGCAACACAUUGGUAACCCCCAAAGUUAUGUGGAGUGAUUGGAAGGGCCGUGGCACAUUCUGUGGUCAGGUCAGAACGUCGUACGCCAACAUCAGUCAUAUCAUCAAGGCUUGUCCAACCAUGAACAAUGCUUCUCCAGACACAUCGUGCGUCGUAAUGAAGGCAAAUGGCGACUCAUGUCGUACCUUCUUUACAUAUUUAUCGGAUUGGCAGGAUGUCAGUCGCCACUCUGAAAGUCAAGCCUCAAGACCCGUUGCGCGAGCCGUCAUCAUGGAGAAUACAACUUUGUCGUCAGCCUGGAUGGAAGGAUAUCCUAUCGUGGCAGAAGUUGGUGGUCGAUUGAUAAACAAUGUGACCUUGGCGAUACCCCAUGCCGGGCUCUCUACUUUGUACUCGAACCCAUUUAAUGCUUCAGUGGAUAUUCGACAGCCUGCUUCAACCGAAGACACCGACGGCUAUGACAUGGCGGCUUCUGUAGUGUCUCCAGCUAUCAACGUUAUGUGCGUUAGUACAUUCGACCAUGAAAUUAAACCGUUGGUUUCUGCCCCAGGAAAACCCAUUAAAUUACAGACCAAUGACACCACUGUACUUGAUGACGUCUUCCACUGGGGAGGGAAGCACAAUGGUACGUACGGUGCGAAGUCCGACGGUAGAUACCGUCCAGUUUUCGAUGCUGUAAGACCGCCCUAG